AUGAGGACGUGGCUGCGCGCGACGAAGAGGACCGACGACACACCAGACGAGGGAACAGAAGGACAAACAUGCCUGGCGUGUCUUGGGGUGAUGGCGGGGCGUGUGGCUGUGGCGGCGGUGCUCCUGCUGCGUCUUGGAGGCGCCCACGGCACCAGGGACUAUACUAACACAUCAACACCACUACCAUCAUCACCACCAUCACCACAACAGCACCUCAAGGUACUACCACCACUACACCACUACCACCACCACCACCACCACAACACUAACACCUCCAGGCACUACCACCACAACACCCUCCACAACCUAUGCCACCACAGCCCCUCCAGGUGUUCCUCUUACAAGCUCUUCCUCCACCCUGACAACCACAGCCACACCACGUCCACACCUUCGCCGCCACAAGGAAAGGUCACUCUGUCUCUCUCCUCUUCGACAGUGGUGAUAGCGGUGCCGAUAGCGGUGGUGGUGGCGGUGAUCCUGGCCAUUGUGGUGUGUGUGACCUACCGGAGGCGGCGGCGUGGACAGGGAGAGGGGCAGGAGAUCCUGUAUCGUCCACAGUCCUCUCCAGCCUCACCGGAGAUAGGUUCAGUGCACAUCAUGGAGAACAGUCUGUACGAACCCUUCCCCGGCCCCGUGACCCCCGCCGCCAGGGAACAGCAAGGGACGGUAGUCGUGGAGAACAGUCUGUACGAACGCUUCCCCGGCCCCGUGACCCCCGCCGCCAGGGAACAGCAAGGGACGGUAGUCGUGGAGAACAGUCUUUACGAACUCCUACCCGGCUCACUGACAGCACCCACCAGUGAGUGAGCAGCAAGAUACAGUAGUCGUGGGGAACAGUCUGUACGAACCCUUCCCCGCAUCCAUGACAGCACCCACCAGUGAGUGAACAGCAAGAGACAGUAGUCGUGGGGAACAGUCUGUACGAACAAUUCCCCGCAUCCAUGACAGCACCCACCAGUGAGUGAGCAGCAAGAGAUAGUAGUCGUGGGGAGCAGU